AUGCAGGCGGUCCCUGGUCCACGUGUAGGCGAAUCAAAUAUGCCAUGGCUCAUCGCCGUUCCGUUAGGCUACAUGGCUCUGACGUUCGUUCUGGCGGUGUAUAAGACUGUGAAAAUGCGAAGCACUCCCAAGGCGAAACGCAGACGACAGAUCGGGAAGAAUGCUGGCCUCAAUCAGAGCAUUGACGAGUUUUUGCCUGACAAUAAGGACGCCCUGACCUCCAAGGAGCUCAAGUCGCUCGAGAAAAAGUUCAAUUUCAGCUCGGAUGAGAUUCUUCGCAAGUACAUCCGCUACGUGAUCAAUGAAAAGCCCUUUACCCCGGAGACGGUUUCCGGCCUGAUUCACCUUCGGCGAGUUUCUGGCCUUGAUGACCUUGGGAUUGCCGAGGUGCUCAACGAGAUCUCUCGGAGAGUCGUAAAAGCUAAAGGUCCCGUGGUGAUGGAUACAACUGGUUUCACUGAAAAGGGUGUGCAGAGGAAGGCUGCAGUGCAAGGGAUUUUCACAAAGCUCCUCUACUUGUCCGAGCUGGAUGAUUUCUGUGGGCCAUCCGGUCGUGAGAAGCUCGAAAUCAAAAGCAUAUUUGGAGUUACAGACGAGGAUGCUGCAUCGAUCAAGAUUGUCGAGGGAGAGCAGAAGGCAGCCAAGAAGGGUCCAAAGAAGGAGCACACAGCGAAGAAAUCUCCAGGAGCAGGAAAGAAGCUUGCGGGGGAAAAGGCAGAGAGGAAAAAGGCUCGGAAGGCCGUGACGGAAACGUACAAGAUUUACAUUUACAAGGUUUUGAAACAGGUGCAUCCAGACACUGGCAUUUCGUCCAAGGCCAUGUCGAUCAUGAACUCUUUCAUCAACGACAUUUUCGAGAAGCUGGCGACGGAGGCGUCGAAGCUGGCUCGGUAUAACAAAAAACCCACGAUCACGUCUCGCGAGAUUCAAACAGCAGUCAGGCUUACCCUCCCUGGUGAACUGGCGAAGCAUGCAGUGUCAGAGGGUACCAAGGCCGUCACGAAGUUCACCAGCGCGUGA